UGGUUUCACAUGAUGAAGUGAAAGUAAAAGUGACACAGAUGACAAAUGUUCAUACAGUAGGAUAGCAGCAUACGAAGCAGGCUGUCCAGUUGUCUUCAUUCUUUUGAAAGAUGUGGUUACUAUCAAGUCCUCGUGUGGACCCAGAAGCUCAAGCUGAGAAGCGAACAGUAUGUGAAACAGGAGACAAACAGAAGACCACAUUGUUUGAAGAAAUAGAUGCAUUACUGAAGGACAAAGAAGAAGCUAUUGCAUCAGAACUUCUGAUUGUCCUGCUGGGCAUGUCUGGAUCUGGAAAAAGUGCAGCAAAAAGCAUGAUAUUUGGGCGAGAUGAGAUAAGUCAGGCUGGUGCCUCUACAGCCACUCAGAAGAUAACAAAAGAGAGAGGAAGAUUAGAUAAAGACCAGGUGUCUGUGUUAGAUACUCCUGACUGGUUCAGCUCUGGGCUCUCAAUGGAGCAAAUUAAGCAAAACAUACAACUCAUUAGUAUGUGUUCCUCUGGACCUUAUGCUUUCCUUCUAGUCUUACCAAUAAAAAAUGAGUUAACUAAAGAGGAAAGAGAGAUGGUGAAGAAUAUGGAGCAGUUUUUAGAAGAGAUAUCCAGGGAGAGGAUAAUGAUCCUUUUCAUUAUCACUGAUGAACAAGAAAAUCAAAACAUAGAUCAGAGCAGCUUUUUCCAGCACCCGAGCUACCAGGAGCUGGUGAAAAAAUGUGGUGAAAGAUUUCAUUUGUUCAGUUUUAGUCAGAUAGGAAAUAGAGAUCAGGUACCAGAGCUGCUGGAGAAGAUAAAAAAGAUGGUUGGAGGAAAUGUUAGUGAUGUCUUUAAGGAGGACAAGCACCAGACCACUUCUAAAACUGAUACAGCUAAUAAACCUAAAGAUGAAAGGGAAAUAAAUUACAUUCAAGUACAACUGCCUAAAUCUCAGCGCACAGUUUGGACCUCAGAAUUUCCAAAAAUAUAAAAAAUCCAGAAGUGCUUAAUAAUCUGAAACAGAGGUUGCCAGAGAAUUUAGAAACGUCUGACAGUUGUAAUGACUUUGAAGUUCUUGAUUUUACUAAAUAAAUCUGAAGAAAAUCACUACUAGCACAAAUGAUCAAAUUAGCAUGUCUGUUCACAUUAUGAGCAUUAAGAACAGCUUUAAACAGCAAAAACAACCAAAUAUAUAUAAACAAUAACAAUAAGGUUAUUCGGUAUGUUAUGAGUUGAACUAUUGUAUAAUUUUUAAAUAUCUGUCAAUGCCAUCAAAUUAAUGUUUUGUUAGUUAAUUUUUUUUAGUAAUACAUUUUUUGCAAUUGAUGUGAGGUGUAGAUUAAAUGUGCUUUUUUUGAGGAAACUGUGUCUGUACUCAAUUUCUUUAGUGCCACACAAAAUUUAAAAAACAAUGUUUACUGAUACUGCCAGACAAAUAAACAGACAGAAUAUAGAGAAAAGCAGCAUGAAUAUCCCA